GGUGCACCCCUGCUCGGGUGAUCUGGCGCAGAACCCAGGGGGUGCUUGGCGUUCGUCGGGCUCCUCCCCGUUUGCUGCGGCCUCAGAGCUCGGCGUUCUCCUGUGGCCUCCGCAGAAUGUGGAUGACGCCCAAGAGGAUUAGGAUGGAAGUCGACGAGGCUCUGGUGUUCCGGCCCGAGUGGACCCAGCGAUACCUGGUGGUGGAGCCUGCGGAGGGUGACGGGGCCCUGUGCCUGGUGUGUCGCCGCCUGGUCGCCUCUACUCGGGAACGCGACGUGAGGCGCCACUACGAGGCCGAGCACGAAUUCUACGAGCGGUUUGUAGGGGACGAGGAACGCGCGGCCCUGGUCGAGCGUCUGCGGCAGGGUGACAUGUCUUUGGCCGCCGUGCUCACUCCGGAGGAGAGAGCGACCCGGGCAGGCCUCGGCCUCUGCCGCUUCUUGGCCUUGAAGGGUCGCGGCUGGGGUGAGGGUGACUUCGUACACCAGUGCAUGGAGGUGUUGCUGAGAGAGGUGCUGCCGGAUCACGUCGGCGUCCUGGAAGGCAUUGACUUGUCUCCAGAGAUCACACGGCAGAGGAUUCUGAGCAUUGACAGCAACCUCCGCAGCCAGCUGUUUAACCGAGCCAGGGACUUUAAGGCCUAUUCCCUUGCUUUGGAUGACCAGGCUUUUGUGGCCUAUGAGAACUACCUGCUGGUCUUCAUCCGUGGCGUCGGCCGCGACCUGGAGGUGCAAGAAGAUCUUCUGACGAUUAUCAACCUGACUCAUCACUUCAGUGUUGGGGCUCUCAUGUCGGCAAUUCUGGAAGCCCUGCAGACAGCAGGGCUCAGCUUACAGCGAAUGGUUGGACUGACCACGACCCACACUUUAAGGAUGAUCGGCGAGAACUCCGGACUGGUCUCCUACAUGAGAGAGAAGGCCGUGAGUCCCAACUGUUGGAACGUAAUCCACUAUUCGGGAUUUCUUCACUUGGAACUGUUGAGUUCUUAUGAUGUUGAUAUUAAUCAGAUCAUAAAUACCAUAUCUGAAUGGGUAGUUAUGAUUAAGACCAGAGGUGUUAGGCGACCGGAGUUUCAGCCUCUACUAACUGAGUCUGAGUCAGAGCAUGGUGAAAGAGUUAACGGACGGUGUUUGAACAACUGGCUGAGAAGAGGCAAAACGUUAAAACUAAUAUUUUCACUAAGAAAAGAAAUCGAGGCGUUCUUGGUCUCAGUGGGGGCAACAACAGUUCAUUUCUCAGACAAGCAGUGGCUUUGUGAUUUUGGUUUCUUGGUAGAUAUUAUGGACUAUCUUCGAGAGAUCAGUGAAGAACUGCAGAUCAGUAAAGUCUUUGCUGCUGCUGCCUUUGAACGCAUCUGCACCUUUGAGGGUAAGCUGAGUUCACUUCAGAGACAUAUGGAGGAAGUAAAUCUAACAGACUUUCCUGCCUUCAGUAUAAUCGUUGAUGAACUUAAACAGCAGUUUAAGGAAGAUCAAAAAAUAUUUGAUCCUGACAGGUAUCAAAUGGUGAUCUCCCGCCUACAGAAAGAUUUUGAGAGACAUUUUAAGGACCUCAGGUUCAUUAAAAAGGACUUAGAACUUUUCUCAAAUCCAUUUAGCUUUAAACCGGAAUAUGCGCCUAUUUCUGUAAGAGUGGAGCUAACAAAACUUCAGGCCAACACUGACCUGUGGAAUGAGUACAGAGUCAAAGACUUGGGACAGUUUUAUGCAGGACUGUCUGGUGAAGCUUACCCAAUUAUCAAAGGGGUUGCCUAUAAGGUGGCAUCCUUAUUUGAUAGUAACCAGAUCUGUGAUAAGGCUUUUGCAUAUUUAACUCGAAACCAGCACACAUUGAGCCAGCCACUGACGGAUGAGCAUCUCCAAGCACUGUUUCGAGUUGCCACAACUGAAAUGGAUCCUCGUUGGGAUGAUCUUGUGAGAGAAAGAAAUGAUUCGUAAGCCGUUGUGGUCCAAGAAGUUGAUUUGAAAAGGGAAAAUUAAUUUGAUUUUUCUUUCACAUUUCCUCAUUUGGAUGGUUGGAAAGCAUUGAACUUACUACAGAUGUUCAAAUUGAUAAGCAUUGAAAUCUUUCUGACAAGUUGCCUUUCUCCAUCUCAUUUGGCAACAUGGGACUGACUGAAGCAUAAGAAUACCACCUUUAAAAAACUUAGUUUAAUGGAAAAGUCAUUGUUCUUUCCUUUUAUUAUUACUGAUUUUCAACAAAUUUAGUAUUGAUAUUGUCAGUUGAACUAGAAGUCUGGUUUUAAAAUGGUUUAAAGAUAUAUGCCAAAAGUUUCAGCUCUUAUUUUGACACAGUGGAAAGUGUGACACGUGGUUUGAAAUGACCAACUCCUUAAAAGUGUAUUUGAGCCAGUUUACAGAAACUCACAUAUCAAAUUAAGUUUCUGAAAAGGAAUAGCAUAAACACAGUGGAGGUAUUUUAUCUAGAUAACAGAAUUUAAGAUUAUUUUUUAAAGCAUAUUUCUAAGUAAAUACAAUCCCCCCAUCCCCACCUACCCAGUUGAUGGUGACAUUACGGAUGGAGGAAGUAAUCAAUUUGGUGUUGGAGCAGCAAGAAUUAUUUUAAAUUCCUGAUUUAGGAGUUUCUUACUAUCAGGAGUUAAGAAUAACCAAUUAUUGGUGGUUUGCUCCUUAUUUUUUCACAGCUGGAGCAAUUUUUUCAGCUCAUCUAUCAAAGGACCAUGGUAAGUAUGGAAUCUUGAUCACUGCCAGUCAGUAAUUUUUUUUUCCCUGCUCUAGACAGAACUUUGGCCCUAUCCAAACAGUAAAGGGGAAAGACUUUUACACUUCAAGAUCAGGAGUUCUGAAGGUUUUAGCUCGUUUGUCUUAUCUGCAUGGGUAUUCAUGUUUUAUAAGGAAACCAUGCUUAAGGGAGACACUUUAUUUUGAAGUGAUGAGUCAGAUUUUGUUAGGUGUAGGAAAUGGAUUUAUUCUAGAAUUUAGAACUGUCUCGCACAUUGAGUAGUUAAGACAGUGCACAAGUAAAAAUAUUUAAAUCUCAAGAAGCAACCUUAUCCACAGACUGUAAUAAUUCCUAUUUCUGGAGACAUUGGUUUUGUGCUAUGAUGUUAUCAGACUUUCUAACUGUGGAGAAGACAAUCUUAAGGUAAAGCUCAACCUGAAGCCUGAUCUAAAAGCAGCACUGAUUUGUAACUCCUCCUCGUGCAGUUUACAAGCUGAUGUGCUCCGUUCUGUCUUAAAUACGGCAGCACACUGUCGUGUUGCACAUUCGAGGAACCUUAUUACAACCAAGCGUUUGGAAGGAACUGAUGCUUAAGCCACACGAGUCUAAGAGCCAAAGUUAGAUCAGUGGUUCUAAACCAAAGGUAGAAGCCCUUCCUUCCAGAGAGUGCUGGAAAGGGUUAGGGCACCUUUGUAGUCCUGGAGGGUUGUGCUGGCAGGUAAGCCAAGAAGAGCUCUCCUUCCUAUGGUGGUCAGACAGCCUGAUGCCAUGAAGAGUCAUCCAUUACUCCCAAAGUGCCAGCACCUCCCCCUCCCCCACCAAGCAUACAUCAUCUUACUUCAAAGGACAGGAAACAAUCUCCAGCGGAAGCUGAUGGUGUAUACUUGAUAGGGAAGCCUAGUUCCAGCAGUUCAGAGGAGAAAAGCUAGUGUCAGAUUGACAUUUUCCUUAUCAAAGAAUGAGCUUAAGUACCUGGAAAAUGAGUCUACUGGUAGUUUCCCAGGAGCUUUGUGGAUUACCUUUCACAAUAAAUACGUAAAAUACUUUUAUUAUUUGAGAGAAUGAUUGGAAGUCCUGAAAGCUGCUUCUACUUUCUAUUUUAGUCCCCUAAAUAUUAAUAUCUUGUGCAUUCUAUCAAGUUCUUGUGUUUUGCUUAAGGUGAUAAUAAAGCUAGUUUGCAUCAUGUAACCACUGUGUGAAUAUGGGGGAGAUAUAAAUAAGCUAAGGGAUUUUUUUAAAUUAAUCCUUAGCAAGUUUGCUGUAACUAGUCUUAUUUUUUGUUUUUUUCUUCGUUUAAGGCAGUGGUUCUUAACCUUCCUAGUGCUGCGACCCUUUAAUAUAGUUCCUCAUGUUGUGGUAACCCCCAGCCAUAAAAUUAUUUCUUUGCUAUUUCAUAACUGUAAUUUUGCUACUGUUAUGAAUUGUAAAUAUCCAAUAUGCAGGAUAGAUAUCUGAUAUUCGACCCCCCAGAGGGGCGAGACUCAUGGGUUGAGAACUUCUGGUUUAAGGUGUUUUGCUGUUUUUUGUAUUUCUGGAAGUAACUCUAGCUGCAUGGCAGUUUUUUCUUUCCUUUUUCCGUUUUAAAUAUAUAGUUGUUACUGGUCCUGUGGUAUCAGUGAAUAUAGUUCAAAUAAGUGCCAUUUAAAGCAACAACAAUUCUGUGUCCUUAACUGUCCUUUCCCAUUUCUCUCAUUCCCACUAGUUCAAAUAUUUGCUUGCCCAGGCUCCCAUAUUGCCCAUCAGAUCACUCAAGUUCAGUGUGUUUUGUCAGUAUUUUUGCCUUCUUGAAAUCAUUGUAGCAUUGCAGAGACACCAACUCCAGUAAUUGUAGUCACCUCUUCCUUAAGUAUGUCUGUCUGGUUGUUUUGUUUGCUGUUCUGUUUUGUUUUCUUUUAAGACUCCCUUACCUCAUAUUCCUACAUUACUUCCUUAGUUGAUCUCUUUCUAUGACUUUAGUUAUCACCUGUAUGCAGAUACUUCCAAAUUUUUGUCUCCUGAGAUUUCCCUGUAAAUCAUAGUUGCUAAUAUUGCUAACUCUUUGCUCUUUCACAUCUUGGCUCUUUCUCCCAGACCUGCUCUUCCUCUCACUUUCCCUUCAGCAGAUGGCUUUACAGUCAGAUCACUCAUACCACUCCCCUGCCUUCAUUGCUAUCAAGGUAGAUAGAAGACAAACUUCUGUUCAUCUUGCAGAACUUGGCUUACAUAUCAUCUAAGAAGCUUCAGGGGUAUCCUCUAGGCCAGGUACCCAACUACACGUGCUGAACACCCUGUCCUUUCUACUUAGCAUCUCUUACUGUGCGUUGGUCAUUGCUAGACUGGACCAGAGGGACGUUUAAUCCAUUGUUUCAUCUCUAGUGCCUGGCAUUUGAACAAAUGCUUGGGCAAAUAAAUACUUGUGUGGUUUUUUUUGUUUUUUAUGAAACCUUCACAGUCUUUUUUGACCGUCACGGACAUUUUGCCUGUUCUCUGAAUAGUUCUUAGCCAUGUAUUGCAAAUUAAGAAAUGAAAUUCACCUUACUUGCGACUAGUAAUCUCAUUGUUGUGUUUCUUGAAUUUAGUGCAGUGCUUAGCAUGUGGUUCAAAUAUUAUGUGAAUGUUGUUAAGAAAACAGACUGUAAUUUACCCUAGUAAACUAGUAGUAAUGUCAAGAUUCAAACCUAGGUGUACUCAAAAAUCAGCUCUCUAGUGUUAAGUCCAUAAUACAGAGCCUUUAUUUUGUUUUAAUUUCCAAAGGAACCUACAUAUAGAGGGAAAACAUUGGAUAACUGCUUAGAUUGAACUGAGUUCAGUAAUCUAAAAAUCACCUUCAGUAUUGGAGAAAGACAAGACUGCAAAAAGUUAAUGUCCAUUUUUCCUUUUGUAGGCAUCAACCCUAGGAGAAAGUGGCAUGCUAUUUAGUACUUACUUUCCUUUACAGAUGAUUUCUGGCUCUCCUGGAACUUAAAAGUAAGUAAACUUGUUUCUGAGAAAGAUGUCUUAGUCAGCCCUUCUGACUACAAGAUCUUCAGCUCAUUUAAAAAAAAAAAAAAUGUGGAAUUCCCACAUCAUCUCCCAGAGAGAAAACCCCCAGAUGACAUCCAGUUAACAUGGACUUUUAGAUUUGCUGUAUUUUCUUGCUUUCUUGUUUCAUGCUUCUGAAUUUCAUUUCUAGGUAAAUGAGACAUUUCAGUCUUAAGUUGGAAAGCCAGAUGCUUAUUAGUCUCUUUCAUUAAGCCAUUUUGCUCAACUUAAGAGAUAAACUAGUAUCAUUCUCUUAGUUGGACUUACAGUUUUAGGAAGUCACACUAAUUAGUUCACUCUGAGGUCUUGGUAGUAGGUACAACAGUCAUCCAGAGAUUUGAUCCUGUUGCAAAACUAGGUUUUUGUCAACCUUCAGGUUAAGGGUUUCUCAUUUUUAUCUCGUAUUUAAAAAGUUGUUUCAUCCUACAGUGUAAGAACGUUAUAAAUACUCUAUCAUUUCUGCCUUGAAACUGACCAAAUACUGAAUUCAUGUAUACUUUGUCUAAAGCAGCCAAUGGCCACCACAAAGUAUUUUUUUUUCUUCUUUAAUAAAGGGUAGAUGUCCCAUCUCCCAGCUCAUCUCAAGGGGCACCUCUCUAGAACAUAACUUGUCCCUGUGUCGUUAUUUUGUUCUAUCUUCCAGUAGCGUCUCCCUGAUGCCUCCCAAAUAAUCACUAAGCAAACUGUUUAGUGUUUUAGUUCUGCAUCAGGAUUGCUGAAGUUGCCGGAAGCAGACAAAAGUUUAGUUGUUUGUGACAGGUUGUCUGAGCUGUCAGACUCCAACCCCUACAGGCCAAGUCUGUCCUGGCCCAUCCUUCUCUGAGGAAAUUAUUACAGGAGUUAGAGCCGUGUCUGUCUAGGAACUGUCAUGGCUGCUCCCCUCUACAGUUGCAGACUUGAGUAGUUGUGACACUGUGUGCAACACAAGCUAAAAUACUUUUUGGAAAAGUUCACUGUUUCCUGCUUUAAAUUGUCCCUACCUACCCUGGGGACUAAGCAGAUAUACUCAAUAGGAGUCGACAGCCCACUCUGGGCAAAGAGAAAAGAAAGUUUGGCUCUGUAAGCCCAUAGCCACACCAGAUCUCAAGUGCAAAUUCCUCCAUACAGGUGGGAGGAAGGUGAACUAUUUGGAAGAUAACACUACUGGUCCUAGUUACAUCACUCUAAAUAUGUCUUUGCUUUUUCAUUGAGAUAAAAGUUUACAAAUAUUCAGUGUCCACUUCUUUUUAUAUUCACCUGUGAAUGCACCUCUCAGAUCAAGGUAGGAAAUAUUUCUGUUACUCCAGUAGGUGCCCUUUGCCUCUCACAGAUAGAGAACUGCUGGUCUGACUUGUAUUGCCUGUCAGUUAGUUUUGCCUGUUUUAAAUGUAUAUCAAGAGGAAUUAAAUACACUGUUGUAUCCUCUGUUCUCUGUGUCUGCUAUAGUAGUCCAUGUUGUGGAGUGUAACACCUCAUUUUUCACUUCUGUGUCACAGUCCAUUCAUUGUACAAGUUGAUCCAUUCAAUGUUGAUGAAUAUUUGGAUUGUUUCCAGUUUAUGAUCAUUAUGAAUAAAAUUGCUGUUAAAA